CGAUUGGGCGUGUGGUCUAGUGGUAUGAUUCUCGCUUUGGCUGAAUGGAUGCAACUCUAUUCCGUGAAGUUUACCAAGCAUGCGAGAGGCCCUGGGUUCAAUUCCCAGCUCGCCCCUUUCUUUUUGCUUUCAGUACCUCUUCGAGAGUUAUUUUGA